ACACAACCUACGAUAAGUGAGUGACAUAUCUCUUUUCUAGAAUUUCUAAAAACGUGAUCGCAGGCGAACGAGCCGGCAAAUAAUUUUUUAUAUUCUAAGUUUGUGCUGUUAUUGGAUCUUUUAAGAUGUAUCGCUUACCGUCAACCAUGCGCUCAGUCGCCCUCCACAAAGCCAACAAACUCUCCCAAAUCCAGCGUUGGUACGCAAAAGACGUCCGAUUCGGCCCCGAAGUCCGAGCCUUGAUGCUCCAAGGCGUCGAUGUUCUAGCAGACGCUGUGGCAGUUACCAUGGGUCCUAAGGGCCGCAAUGUGAUCAUUGAACAGUCGUGGGGCUCCCCAAAAAUCACCAAAGACGGCGUCACUGUUGCCAAAGGCGUGGAACUGAAAGACAAAUUCCAGAAUAUCGGCGCUCGACUGGUACAAGACGUUGCUAAUAAUACGAAUGAAGAGGCCGGGGAUGGGACCACCACAGCUACAGUUUUAGCCCGGUCUAUUGCUAAAGAAGGCUUUGAAAAUCUUGGCAAAGGGGCUAAUCCGGUUGAAAUUCGUAAAGGCAUCAUGUUAGCGGUUGAAAAGAUCACUGAAACUUUGAAAACCUUGUCGAAACCUGUCACCACACCUGAGGAGAUUUGCCAAGUUGCCACAAUUUCGGCAAAUGGAGAUAAGUCAGUGGGGAAUUUAAUCGCCGAUGCUAUGAAGAAAGUGGGCAAAGAAGGCGUAAUCACGGUCAAAGAUGGGAAAACUCUACACGAUGAGCUUGAAGUUAUUGAAGGGUUUAAAUUUGACCGCGGUUAUAUUUCUCCCUACUUUGUGAAUACAUCAAAAGGUGCCAAGGUGGAAUACCAAGACGCGUUAGUUCUCCUCAGCGAGAAGAAAAUCUCAUCGGUUCAAAGCAUUGUUCCUGCUUUGGAGCUUGCAAACAUGCAAAAGAAACCCUUAAUUAUUGUAGCUGAAGACAUUGAUGGUGAAGCUUUAACCACUUUAGUCGUCAACCGAUUGCGUAUUGGUCUUCAAGUCGCUGCUGUAAAAGCCCCAGGUUUUGGUGAUAACCGCAAAGCUACGCUUCAUGAUAUGGCUAUCGCAACUGGAGGUAUUGUCUUCGGUGAUGAAGCCAAUAUUGUCAAACUCGAAGAUGUUCAACUAUCUGAUCUUGGUCAAGUUGGCGAAAUUGUCAUCACCAAAGAUGAUACACUAAUCUUGAAAGGAAAAGGCAAAAAAGAUGAUAUUACUAAACGUGCUGAACAAAUUAAAGACCAGAUUGAGAAUACCACAUCCGAGUAUGAGAAAGAGAAACUCCAAGAACGUUUAGCGAGAUUGGCUUCAGGUGUUGCUUUGUUGAAAGUAGGAGGCAGUAGUGAGGUUGAAGUUAAUGAGAAAAAGGAUAGAGUGACAGAUGCUUUGAAUGCGACUAGAGCAGCUGUUGAAGAGGGGAUUGUUCCUGGAGGUGGUACUGCAUUGCUUAGGUGUUCUAGUAGUUUGGAUGGCCUUAAACCUGGAAAUAAUGACCAGGCUAUUGGAAUUGAAAUUGUAAAGAGAGCUUUAAAAGUACCUUGCAUGACCAUUGCGAAAAAUGCUGGCGUUGAUGGUGCGACUGUCGUUGCCAAAGUUGAACAACAGCAAGGUGACUACGGUUACGAUGCUCUUAAUAACGAAUAUGUCAAUAUGUAUGAAAGAGGGAUUAUCGAUCCAACGAAGGUUGUACGCACAGCUCUCAUUGAUGCAUCUGGUGUAGCGUCACUUCUAACUACCGCCGAAGCAGUAAUCACCGAAAUACCAAAAGAAGAAGCUCCAAUUCCAAGCGGUGGAAUGGGUGGUAUGGGAGGUAUGGGUGGAAUGGGCGGAAUGAUGUAAAUGCCCCACCAAACAUGAAUCCAUCACUACUAGGAAAAGACAAUUGCUAGUUAAGUUUUAGUUCAGUGCAUCUUUCCAAGUAUGUGAAUUUGAUAGCGGCCUUCGCGUCAAAGACUUGCACUAUAUUUUGACCGAAUGUCGGUAACUUAUAUUAAGUUUGUGUGAAUGUGUUUAUUUUUUCAACUUCUGAUUUUGAUGGUUAGAAGAGUUGAAAAUUCAUCUGCUAUGUUCGUGUUUUUGUUACUUUUAUAACGCGACUAGAAUGAAUGAAAUAAAUUGUGAUGUCUCGUAAAAUUUCCAAGGUUGAGAAGUUAAUUUUUUCAUACAUGGUCAUUUGAUGAAAAAAUUAACUUCAAGUGAUCUUUCGAUCUGAUCAUGUGUUUUUUUUACCAAUGCAUUUAGAUUGUUAUUGAACAUGUAGUACUGAAGUCUGUAAAAAUUACAUUAAUUGUUAAAUAUAUUAUUUUUUACAAAUGUG